GUGAUUGGGCGUAAACAACGUCUGAUGAAUCAAUACUGGCUAAAGGCCAAGUCGCUCGUUCUAGUUAUUAGUGGGUACAUGCUUAAUCAGGGUGAGAAAAUAGUUGCAACACAUCACGAAUACAAUAGGCCUUCUGUCAUCACCAUUGUAACGAAAGAUAUCGAAUUUGUGGAAAUCUAUUGUUCUCGAAUUCGUGCAAGUAAGGGAGUUUUCCCGCAGAGCAAAGGGUCAUUCUCGAUUUGAUUGUUCUUGAAGUUACCAAAAUUAUCGACAAUCUUUCACGUUUUGCGCUCGAGAGUGUUUUCAUUGCGUGGGUUUUGAAAAAUUCUUCCCAUCUCGUACCUCAAGCUAACGAGGAUUGGAUAGGAUUGUACAUGCCAGCGCCAAGGUCAAGGUACUUCAUAUUGUCGCAGCAAACAAGGGAUAACUUAUUUUUCAUCUGCAUCACCUGUACUAUAGCGACCUAAAUCAGUCAUGAACUACAUAGAAGACUACGUGGUUUUCGUGUUGUGCCUUUUGCUCCCAAUCGCCGUGGGAUUCUUCUUUGCCUGCCGAGGACAAAGGCCGAAGACCACAACAGAAUUUCUCUUCGCGGACAAGAAUUUAAGAAGCUGGAUUUUGGCGCUGUCACUUGUGGCUAGCUAUUUUUCGUCGGUUCUUCUUCUUGCUUCAACAGCACAAGUGUUUUCAUUUGGACUGCAGUACAUCAUUUUCGCUCUGUUCGCUUACUGGUUUGUCGCGGCUGUUGCUCAUAUUAUCUUCAUUCCUAUGUUUCACCGAUUGCAAGUUACGUCAGUCAACGAGUACCUAGAGGCGCGGUUUUCCGGUGGCGUCCGGUAUGUGGGGGCAAUCCUCUUCACUGUGACCUAUAGCCUCUACUUAUGUCUGGUCGUGUACAUACCCUCACAGGCCAUCAAUACGGUUGCUGGAGUUCCGUUAGCAGUCGGCAUCGUCUGCACGAGCGUCGCCUGUACACUGUACUCUGCAUUGGGAGGCUUGAAGGCGGUGGCGUGGACAAACGCGAUUCAUGUGAUUCUUAUGGUGACUGGACUGGUCACGCUGUGCAUUGUGGGUACGAACACCGCAGGAGGCUUUGAUCAUGUGAUUGAAGUCAACAAAGAUCGAAAGCGAAUGCUGUUAUUUGAUUUCAACCCAAACCCCACAGUUCGUGAUACUUUCUGGACUCUUUCCAUUGGCGGAGCCAUCACUGUCAUACCUGUGUGGACGGUCAAUCAGACAGCAGUUCAGCGGUAUAUCUCCAACAAGUGUGUCGGCCUGGCUAGGAGGGCCGUUUGGAUCAGUGUGCCAGUGCUUAUAAUCAUAACAGGCUUAGCGUGUAUAACCGGUCUCAUCAUGUAUACUGUGUUUGCUAACUGUGAUCCUUUGAUGACAGGAGCAAUUCAACGCAAUGAUCAGGUGCUGUUCUAUUACAUCAAACAUCACCUACAACACCUAAAAGGACUUCCAGGAUUCCUCACUUCCUGCGUAUUCGCUGGAUCUUUGAGCUUCGUGUCAUCAGGACUGAACUCUUUAAGCCUGGUCAUUUUGGAGGAUUUUUUAAAGAAAUGGUCAAGAAAGAUUGACGACUUCGAUUCGGUGAAAAGUUGCAGACUUGUCACUGCGAUUCUGGGCGGGACAGUGAUGGGAGGAGCCUUUGUUCUUCACCAUGCAGGCGACGUGGUCUUACAGGUGUUCUCUGGUUUGCUUUACAUCACCGGUGGCCCUUUACUCGGCAUCUUCACUCUCGGUCUUUUGGUGUCACGAGCAAAUGCAAAGGGCGCAUACCUUGGAGUGGUCAGCGGUCUGGCCAUGACAAUCUGGCUUUUUACUGGAGCCCAGCUUUACCCACCAAAUGAAAACUUCGGCCCAGUCUCAAUCUCGGAAUGCUCCCCUGAAGUAUUCAACAAGUCUCAAGCAGCGAUGAUCAAUAACACGAAGAUCACAUACCAGUACGAUAACCCGAUGGCUGGGUUGUACAGCACAUCGUACUUGUGGUACUGUGCCAUUGGUUGGUUUGUUACUAUGCUAAUAGGAACUGUUACAAGUUUGUUGUUAGGUGAGAGACAAAUAAAACAAGUAUGAGUAGUGUGUGAACCUUGUUCCCAGGGCCUUCCCUAAGGUACCCGCGUUUGAGACGAGCCGUGCCAAUGUUGUUUUGUCUAUGACCGGUAAAAAGUUGAAGUAUAUCAAAAAUUGAGUCAAUGAUUUGUUUUCUGUUUGCUUUUGAGCUUGUUUGUUUGUAAAAGGCCAUUUUAUAGUUGUGUGCUUAGUUGCCAAGCCUUUGAAGUUGACCAUGUUGUGAUAGAGACCAGUAUCUAGUUAGCAUGAUAACUAAGUAAUU